UGCCCAAUACAAAUUAACAAACAUCCAUAAAAAAAAUAAACUAGUAGAAAAUUCCAAAAGUUUUAGCUCUUUGCAAACCAGAUAUUUAUCUUUGGCAUUCAUAUUCUGAUUCAUAUUCCCAGAGUGAUCCAGAUUUUCAGUGUAUUUUCAAAAUUCCUGAUAGGAACUUCCUGUUGCCGCUCUUACUUUAUUUAUUAAUCAAAUGAAUAAUACAAACAAGAAUUCUCAACUUCAUUCUGAACCCAACGCAUCUCAAGCAUUUAUUGAAGUUACUGAUGCACAGUCAAAUAUGGGUGACAUAGACCAAGAUAAGCCAGUGGUAAACGGACAACCGAAUGGGAAUAACACAUCUGAAAAUUUUAUAACUCCACAGAAGAAAAGAAGAAGACCAUCAGUAUGUGGGACCCAUUCAACAAGAAAAUCACUAAUUGAACAGGAAGCUCUUCUAAGAAUACAGAAAUUGAAAAGAUCCAUGGAGCACGAUGAAGAACUCCAUUUGAUUAAAAAACAGGCAGCCGAGGCAGAAAAAUUAUAUUGGGAAACAAAAUUAAAAAAAUUGAAUCAAUAAAGUAGUUAAUUACAUAUUGUGUUUGUGCCAAGAGUUAUUUAAAGCAAAGAAACAGCGUGUUACAAAUUUUGUUGUAAAAUAGAUACACCAGAUGAAAUUUUCAAUUUUUAUUUAUUAAAAAUGAGUUACUAUAAAAGUUCUUCUAAAGGCUAAUCCGUCACCUGGUCGAUCAUUAACAAUAACAACCCAAUCACCAUCUUCGUUAAGCUCAUUUUCUUGAAAG